AAAUCUGGUGAAGAAAUACUGUCCUAAACGUUCAUCCAAAGACGAAGAGCCCAGGUUUACCUCAUGUAUAGCCUUUUAUAAUAUUCUUAAUGAAUUAAAUGACUACGCAGGACAACGUGAAGUAGUAGCAGAAGAACUGGGACAUAGGGUAUAUGGAGAACUGAUGAGAUAUUCCCACGAACUCAAAACAGAAAGGAAACUGCACCUUCAAGAGGGCCGAAAAGCACAACAGUAUCUUGACAUGUGUUGGAAGCAGAUGGAUAAUAGCAAAAAGAAAUUUGAAAGAGAGUGCAAAGAAGCAGAAAAGGCACAGCAGUGUUAUGAGAAACUGGACAAUGAUACCAACGCCACUAAAGCAGAUGUUGAAAAAGCAAAGCAGCAACUAAACCUGCGUACACAUAUGGCUGAUGAAAAUAAAAAUGAAUAUGCUGCACAGCUCCAAAAUUUCAAUGGUGAACAGCACAAACAUUUCUAUAUUGUCAUUCCUCAAAUAUAUAAGGAUUCUCAAAUAGUAAUAGACUCCUUUAAGUCUGGCUUUGAACCUCCUGGAGAUUUUCCAUUUGAAGAUUACAGUCAACACAUUUAUAGGACUGUUUCUGAUGGAACAAUUAGUACCCCGAAACAGGAAGGAAUGAAAAUCGAUGCAAAAACUACUGUGGGCAAAGCUAAGGGCAAACUCUGGCUCUUUGGAAAAAAACCAAAGCCACAGUCCCCACCCCUUACCCCUACUAGUUUAUAUACGUCCAGUACUUCUAAUGGUUCCCAGUAUCCCAUAUUCUCCAUUGAACAAAUGCAUUAUUGCAUGAAUGAAAUAAAGACAGGGAAGCCCAGAAUGCCUUCUUUCAAAAGCCUCAAAAGAGGGUGGUCGAUGAAGACGGGUCCUUCCCAAGAAGAUUUCAGUCACUUGCCACCAGAACAAAGGCGGAAAAAACUUCAGCAGCGGAUUGAUGAGCUUAACAGAGAACUACAGAAAGAGACAGAUCAAAAAGAUGCCCUCAUCAAAAUGAAAGAUGUGUAUGAGAAAAAUCCACAAAUGGGCGAUCCAGGAAGUCUUCAGCCAAAAUUAAUGGAAACUAUGAACAACAUGGACCGUCUGCGAAUGGAAAUCCACAAGAAUGAGGUUAAAAUCUGUUCAUUGGAUAGCUUUUCAGACAAGGAUUAUCCUGAGGGGAGCUACACCGAUGAUGCAAACCAAGAAGUUCGAAGCCCACCCCAACAGCACGGCCCCCAUAAUGAAUUUGAUGACGAGUUUGAAGAUGACGAUCCUUUGCCAGCUAUAGGACAUUGUAAAGCUAUCUACCCGUUUGAUG